CACAAGCACUUCUAAAAAUAGACAAGCCUAAAGCCUCUUAGGUUCAGACCACAUAAGUUGCUUUCCCUUAGUGCUGUGUACGAAUAAGUGUGCACAGACACUUUGCUAACGACAAAUCCCAGAGGACAUUGGUGCUUGUAAUGCUCCAAGAGGCGUGGCACAAGAGAGGUGGAGGAUGUCCAGGAUGCAAGUGCUUAGGUGCUCAGUUGCGGUUGGAACCCUUCUGAUGAGUAUGCUGUGGUGUUUUAGUUGAUCAGGCCCGCUGCCUAUAGGCAUGUCAUAGGAUACAUCCAACAUGGAUGACCUGUUGGGACUGAACAACUUGGUGACCAACACCGCCUACCUAAGGGCUCAGCAGAUGGAUCGCGAUAAGCUGAGAAAACAGUGGCGCUCCCUGACGCUGCCCAAACCAAAGAUGUCCUCUGCUCUCCAGGCAACAGUGGGGAGGACGUACGAGUCCCUGUGUGAGCAACAGCCUAUUGGGAGAAAGUUGUUCCAGCAGUUUCUUCUGGCCUCUAAUCCGCAGUACAAAGUCACCACUGAGUUUCUGGAGGAGCUAAGUGACUGGAGCUUUGCUGAAGAUGAAGCCAGAGAGAAGGCCAAAAAGAGCAUAGUUGCUAAGUUCUUUCAACCUGAGUCCAGGAGUUUUCUCUCCUACCUGACAGGAGAAGCAGCUGAAAGAUGCAAGGAUAUAACAAACAAAAACUUUGACGAGGGGAUGUUGGACCAGAUAAGAGAAGCCACGAGAGACUUUCUGAGAGGAAGACCUUUCUCGGAGUAUCUGAAAAGCCCCUUUUACUAUAGGUUUUUGCAGUGGAAAGAGUACGAGAAGCAGAGGAUCACUGACAGAUAUUUUUAUGAGUUGAGGACUUUGGGAAAAGGUGGCUUUGGUGAGGUGUGUGCGGUGCAGGUAAAACACACAGGCCACAUGUACGCCUGCAAGAAGCUGGAUAAGAGGCGCUUGAAGAAGAAAGGUGAGGAGAGAAUGGCCCUCAUGGAGAAGAGGAUCCUGGAGCAGGUCAACAGUCUCUUCGUUGUAAACCUGGCUUACGCUUACGACAACAAGACCCACCUGUGCCUGGUCAUGGACCUCAUGAACGGAGGAGACCUUAGCUUCCACAUCUACGAGCUCGGGGAGCGGGGUAUCCGUAUGGAGCGUGUUGUUUACUACAUGGCCCAGAUAAUCACUGGGCUACUCCACCUGCACUCUAUGGACAUUGUGUACCGGGAUAUGAAGCCUGAGAACGUGCUUCUUGAUGCUAAAGGACAGUGUCGGUUGUCAGACCUUGGAUUGGCUGUGGAGCUGCCAAAGCACAAAACAAUCUGCCGGAAGGCUGGUACAACUGGUUACAUGGCCCCUGAGAUUCUGAGGCAGGAGUACUACCGCACGUCUGUGGACUGGUGGGCUCUGGGCUGCAGCUUAUAUGAGAUGGUUGCUGCCCGUUUGCCUUUUAAAGACUUCAAAGAAAAGGUGCAGAAUGAGGAGGUGACUCGUCGCACUCUGGAGGACGAGUGCAAGUUUGAACACAAACACUUUGAUGCUCCGACCAAAGAUAUCAUCAGUUGCUUCCUCAAGAAGAAGGUGACACAUCGCCUCGGGUGCCGCAACGAUGACCCACGAAACCACGUGUUUUUCAAAAGCAUCAACCUCCGCCGGCUGGAGGCCGGGCUGGUGGAGCCCCCCUGGAUGCCAAAAUCCAACGUGGUCUACGCCAAGGACACGGAUAAGUUCAGGGACAGCUCCGAGGUCGAGAAUAUUACGUUUGAGGGCAAGGAUGAGAAAUUUUUUAAGCAGUUUAGCACGGGUGCUGUCUCCAUUCAAUGGCAGAAGGAGAUGAUCAACAGCGGUGUGUUUGACGAACUGAACAACCCUGAACUGAAUGGUUACGGCUGUGAGUACGUGUGGGAAUCCAGAAUGUGCAUUAUUUUGUAAGCAUUUCAUCUAUUCAUCAAUAUGUACAACUGGGCAAAAGAAUUACACAAAUGUCCUUUAAAUUAGUUUCUUUGACACUUCUAAAGUGCCUGGGAUAAUACGCAAUGAAGCAGCUCGGGUACCUUUUUAAUCAGCUACUUGCCUUGUUUUCUUAAAUCUGAAUAUAUAUUCUUCCUAAUGAGGAACCAUCUUGUUGCCACAGCCAAACAUGAUGGGUCAACUGUCUCAGUGUUUAAUAAAAACACAGUUCUUUAUACUUCACCCUCUAUUCCUGGUGAGACAUUAGAUCCCAGUACAUGCAUAGUUUCCAUUACAUCACUCAGCCAUUUUGGCAGACAGAAGUGUUUACUUGUAUUUGUAAACAAGCUACAUAAUGAUGCAUGUCACUGAAUAGCAGCAGGAUUAUAAUCAACAUUUGCAGUAAUGUGCCAUAUUUGUUAGACAGACAUACAUUCCAUGAAUGCCUUCUGCUCAUGUGGGUGGACAGUGUACAGUAUUGCGACCUCAGUGAAGUCUCUCAGUAGCAGACGUUCACCGCUAAGUGCCGCCAGACACUCACGAAGUGCGUUUAACCUCCCGCAGGCAGCACUCUUCAUCAUCCCCAUUAUCCUGGUUGUGCUGCUCCGGUAUUUACAAGCACUCAAUGACUCGUUCAACUUUAACAAGGAGAUUCAGGGAGACAAAUUGUCAUAGUUUUUCAGUAAUUUUUUUUUUGACAUGUUCCUUUUGGCUUUAACAAGGCAAUACCAACCCCCUUUAUUACUCCCUAAAUCCCCCUGUGUUUACAAGCCAUACACAACCCGGAAAAAUAUGUUUACUACUUAGCAACAACAAACAUCUUUUUAGCUUUUACAGAUGGUUAGUACUUGUAUAUAUGGACUUUGUAGCCCACUGCAUAACAAAAACUUCUGGUUGUGGGAGAUCCAUGUCCCAUAGUUGGUAACAAGUAUCAUUCAUUUCUAGAGUUUUCAUUCUGAGAUAAUUACUUGAGAUUUCUAUUUUCUUUAUCCAGGUAUUUUUGCAUUUAUGUGAUAGUGAGCGUACAGGAACUGACUCAACCCAGCGAUGUGGUGAUUACACAUUUUUUAUAAUAGUCCUUUGGGCUACCAAGAUUACUCUGGUGUCUUACUUAUGACUCAAAUUAUAAUGUGUAUCUGUUAUAUUUCCUUAAAUAAGUCUUAAAUGAAAGUAUACCAUGUUGUGCAUAUCUUUUUAGUUUUACUCACAUUAAAAGAUGCAUUGUCAGUACAAAACAGUGCUAAUAAAAUGUUGUAUUUAAAUGUGAUUGUAUGAUAACGAUUUAACAUUUUCUAAUAUUCCAUGUGACUUCACAUACUGUUUAUAGCCUUCUGCUACUUUCUUGCCUCAAGCAUGUAUUUUUCACAAUGUGUUUUGCUCUUUUUUUAUUGAAAUUUCAAGCCUGGUGACA